UGUUUUGUGUUUUCUUUUUUUUUUUUUUUUUUUAAUGUUUUAGGGUCCGGCAACGGAAAAUGGCCACCGUCUAUUCCUGUGAAUUUGAAGUGUUUGGCAAAGUACAAGGCGUCUAUUUUCGUCGGCAUGCCGAGAUAAAGGCGAAGACGCUGGGCCUGCGCGGCUGGUGCAUGAAUACGGCCGAUGGCACCGUCAAGGGCUACAUUGAGGGGCCGCGCAACGAAGUCAACCUCAUGAAGGACUGGCUUCGCACCACCGGCAGUCCCACGAGCAACAUACUGAGGGCCGAAUUUUCAGAGGAUCAGGAGAAGCGAGAAUACGGCUUCAAGAACUUCCACAUCCGACCCGACGCACCCAAAGACAAGAAUCGCAAAUCACCAACCAGCAUGAAUAUAUCCAGGAAAGUGGAACACAAAAUGUAGUCCCAAAUGUUAUUCAAAUACUGCGAUUUCAGGCAAAAUCAAAUAAUUAAAAUUUGAGUAAACUUUAA